AGCCCCAGGUGAUGGCUAAUUGCCGAAGUGAACCUCUGGUUGUUGAGAGCACCCGCUGGCCAGCCCUGAUACUGCAGCCCACAAGGCAGGUGAGUCCCACCACUAUUGGCAAGUCCAUUCCUGACAUACACCAAUGCCACCUGCCAGUGCCCAUCAGUGCCACAUCAAUGCCACAUCAGUGCCUACCAUUGCACAUCAAUGCCACAUAUCAGUGCCCAUCUGAGCUGCCUUUCAGUGUUACCUAUCAGUGCCAGUCAGUGCCACCUAUCAGUGCCAGUCAGUGCUACCUAUCAGUGCCGCCAAUCAGUGCCAGUCAGUGCUGCCUAUCAGUGAGCAUCAGUGCUGCCUAUCAGUGCCGCCUAACAGUGCCAGUCAGUGCCGCCUAUCAGUGCCAGUCAGUGCCGCCUAUCAGUGCCGCUUAUCAGUGCCAUAUAUGAGUGCUGCCUUUCAGUG